AGUCACAUUUCCAGCAUGGAUGUCGAAAGUGGACCCGAUUCGCCAGACAUUUCUCCUUUUAAUGGAGAAUCCCAAAUACUAUGGAAAUCGAUUUCUCUUACACAUGUAGAAUACCCAAAAGGGGAUUUUAUAGGAUUCUUCCUUGCCUGGGCCAGUUUAUUGCCAUUCUGUAUCAUAGUAGGGUUUAUAACCUUAAUUAUAUUUAGGCGGGAUCUUCACACUAUUUCAUAUUUUACUGGUCUACUGCUGAAUGAAGCUAUUAAUUGGGUAUUGAAGCAUCUAAUACAAGCUCCACGCCCUGUCAGAAAUCGUCAGCUUUACACUGAGUAUGGAAUGCCAUCAAGCCAUGCUCAGUUUUCCUGGUUUUUCUCAACAUACAUGAUUCUUUUUUUAUUUCUUAGAAUUUAUAAAAAUUAUAAUUUGAUAGACGAUGUAUGGAAGUAUUGUGUCAGUGCAAUAUGUGUCAUAGGAUCGUCUAUUGUUUUAUACAGCAGGGUGUAUUUAGGGUAUCACACCAUUGGGCAGGUGUCUUGUGGAACCCUGCUGGGUGUAUUUUUUGGAGCAGCAUGGUUUUGUACUGUCUGUGUUAUAUUAACUCCAUUCUUCCCAAUCUUGGCAUCAAGCCCUAUAGGUGAGUUUUUGAUGCUAAGAGACUCAACAUUGAUACCCCAUGUCAUGUGGUUUGAGUAUACCUCCUCCAGAACAGAGGCACGGGGCAGACAAAGAAAAUCCAGGAAGUCCCAAUGACUGGGCCGCCAUUAGAUCAGCUAGCAUCAAGGUUGAGAGUGAAUUUCAGGAUCGGCACCUUUCCUGAUAGGUACCACACUCGACAUACUGAGUUAAGCUUUCUGGGAAAGUUUAGCUUCACAAUGAUGAAUUAAACAGUUCAGGGUUUAUAUGAGACUUACAGUAUUAUAUCAGUCUCAUACUAAGAUUGAUCCUCGACCAAUUAAAAAUACCCAUGACUUCUGGUGAUCCUCGACCAUUACAUAUACCCAUGACUUUUCAAUGUGCUCGUUGUGGUAAGUUCACAUCAGUGAAAGGUCAAGGUAUAUAACACCUCUAAAUUACACAGAGUUCAAGAUAAAGAUGAAGGUCAACUUUAACGUUUAUGUUUAGGAUUGUAUCCAAAGUGUAACCAAAGAAAUAUGCAUAUGUACCUUAAUACAUGUAUGUGAAGUUCAUUUUAAUGACAUGACCUUGUUUCUUAGUGAAGAGGGUUACAGUGACCUUGACUCAAAGGUUUGAGGUGAAGUUCACCGUUAGUUAAUGUAAAACUUGUAUAUAAAUGUUAUAUUAUUGAAGUAUUGUUACUUUAUAAUGAGAUUUAAUGAAAAUAAAUUAUUUGGCUUAAAUAUUUAUUGUGCUAAUGUUCGUUUAAUUAAUUAGUUUGUUAUUUUUUUUAAUCAUGUCUAAUUAGUUUGAGGUAAAUGUACAUGUAUUGUUAAUUUAAUUAAGUGGAUUUUGCUGACUAUUGUUGGUUGGUAUAUUUUAUUCUUUGUUUAAAGGUUAUAGAUAUAAUUAUUUUUUUAGAUAAAUCUUAUUUUUGUCAACAAAAAGAGGGCAAUAUAUAUUACACAAAUAUGUUUGCCGACGACCAUGUUGUAUUGUCAUAUUUAUCUGUACUGUAUGUACAACAGUAACUUCAACAGUUCCAUAUUGUGCUGAAUGUGUGUGUUUUACUUAUGUAUGCAGUAUUUCCUUAGUCAAACUGACCCCGAUUACGCACCUCCAGGGUAGGUUAAAAUAUAAUGAUAGCAGUUAGUAAUGUUGUACAUCAAAUUUAGGUAGAGUACCAUCAAGUCAGAAUAAUGUUUUAAAACUAUUACCACGAAGUUAUGAAAUAUUUUUGUCAUUUUCUACAGAUGUUGUUCUAAUAUAACAAAUCUUGGCAUUCAUUUUACAAAAUUACAUUUGUCAUAAAUUUGAGUAUUUGAAAACAUAAUAGUAAAUAAAAACAAAACAAUGCACAGUAUCAAAAUGUCAGAUGAAUUCAUUGCCAAGGGAAAUAACUCAGCCGCAAAAAAUCCUUGCUGUUUAUCUUCUUUACACAACGGAGGAUGCUCCAUGUCAAGAAAAAACAGAUCAGUGGUGUCUUUUAUCAUCAGAUAUAAUCAAUUUAUUGUCCUGUUUUAUUUUCUUAAUUUAAAGAGUUUUGCAAAAAAUUGAGUUACAAAAAGACACAUACUUAAAAUGACUUGGUAAUUGAUGCACUAUCCAUUCCUGUUACCCUAUGUCUUACACCUUCUUCAUCUUUGCUGAAUAACCAUAUUAGGAAAAUGUUGGAAUGUUGGAACAUCAUUUAAAAAAACAAAAGGAUACACAGAUUUCUGAGAAAUACACUCUCCAAAUAUUUUUUUAUUAUUUUUGCAAUUACAACUUGAAAUUUGCUAAAAUCCUGAAGCAGGCCUGUUUUAAGAGGAGUGCAUGUUUAUUCAACUUUUUCCACUAAGAAAUCUUUGAAUAUUUAAAUUAUACAUAGUAAAAAACACAAGACCUUUGUUCAAAUGUGAUUAAUUCAUUUCAAUGUUGUCUUGUAUGGGCAUUUGGUUUUUACUUUCCAAUUAAUAUUGUAAUAUCAACUUUCAUAGAGUAUUUUCGAUGACCUUGUUUUGCUCUUAACCGCAGCUUUGUAUUGUUCAGGGAAGAUCGUUUUUAUACCUACUCUUAUUGAAGAGAGAAAUUGUUUGUGUGUUUGAAGUAGUAGCCGUUUACGAGAACAUUUUUUUUUUCUGUAACAUCACUGAGUCAUGUUGGGACAGUGUGUUUUUUCUUGGUGUAAAUUAUAGUUGUGACUAACACAAUUAUGUUAUGUACAACAUAGAUGUAGCAAUUUCAGGCAAAUUUAUAUAAUUUAGACAAGAUUUUGGUGUCUAUGGGAUUAAUUAAGAAUAAUUGUGUCAUUACAUAUGUGUUGUGAUAAUAAUAACAGAUUCUGGAGUGACUUGAUUUAUUAUAGUGACUAUUAACACAUCAUAAAGUAAAUUAAAUGUAUUUCCCGUCUCAGACAUGUAUAUAUAUGUACACCAUUUUGCCAGGUUUAAUUUGCUGGAAAAUUGUACCAUUAAAUAUAAUCAUUCUUCCACACCUCGGGAGAACGGCAGGGAAAUCCCAUCUUUCAGAGUAAGAAUUUUAAGAGCCUGUAGUUGGACAAUAUACUACCACGCAAACUAUUUUUGGAUGGGUGAUAAUUCUUGAAGCCAUGAACUGAACAUAACUGCAAAAUCUGCAUAUGUAAGGUUGGUGUGGGAUAAUUGUUAAGCUUCAUGAAAUUGCAAUAAUUUUUGCCUGAAUUUUCUCAUAAAUGUUAACGGAACAUUUAACAAAGUUUCAUAAUUAUCACACAAAAUAUUACUUAUAGCAAGUAUAUUUGCAUACCGAUAAAUGUUUGACUAAUGUUGACAGUAAAUUGAAUUUACUUCCAUGUUUCUCUGGUGUAACUUCUAAUAAAUAAUUCAGUCAUACAUGACAGUCAUGUAUUUUGUGGUGUUACAGUUAUUAAGUAAUUUUCACAGUAGUUAAAAUGUAUACCUGUGUUUCUCUGGUGAAUGUUUCAGUGUUUAUAUUUUGUAUACAUGCUAAGAAUUUCUACAGGUUGUUGGGAUAUAAUUUUACAGUAAUUGUAUGCUGUAAUUAUUGUUUUAUGAUUAUGAUUCACUUAUUGAUUGUACUGUAAUGGACCGUCCAGCUUCUUGUCAUUUUAACCAACUGCUGUUGCUCAAGUUUCCUGAUUAUGUGUUAUUUUCAUUAUUAAUUCUUUCUGUAUUGUGUCAGUGUUCCCAGCUAACUAAAACCAACAUCACCACUGGUGUAAAAUACAGAUAAUUCAUUAUCUGGUUAUAAUUACACCCCAAAAUAAUUAAGUUGUGUCAAACACAGCUGGGUUUUAAUUAACUGCUUUAUUUCCUUCUUCAAAUAUCUAAAAAAAAAAUUGCUUUAUUAAGGGCCAGAAAAGUAAAACAAAACAUUUAACAUCAAUUAGAAUUUUGUUUUGUUUCAAUAACUAAGUUUAUAAAACAGUUUUCAAGUUUACAGAACCGUUGUCAUAUUUCAGGACCAUGCAUUGCACAUUUGUCAAAAGCCGUUUGUAAUUAAUUAUGAGCCGUGUGUGAAAGCCGUCAGUAAAAGUUUUAAGUUUUGUUAGAAUGAGAAAAAUUACUGACCCCAAUUAUCAUAUAGUUCAAAAAGAGAAAAAUUACUGACCCCAAUUAUCAUAUAGUUCAAGGAAACCCAUUUAACAGAUGCUUCUAGAUACUACAUAGACUAAAACAUAGCUUAUAACUCAUAAUGCCUAUCAAACAGUUGUCUGUACGGUCAAAUAUUGUUCUUUUUGUCAUUGUUGUAAUAAUUAAGUCGUGACAAACACAGCUGGGUUUAAAUUAACUGCUUUAUUUCCUUCUUCAAAUAUCUAAAAAUUCUGCUUUACUAAGGGCCAGAAAAGUAAAAAAGAAAAUGAAAUAUGUAAGAAGCAGAUACAUGUAUCAUGAUUAAAUUAAAGACCGCUGAGAACAUUUUUGUGUAAAUAUGACAAAAUUUUAACAUGUCUCUGUUGUUAAACAGUACCUUUCUGAAUAUUUUUAUCUAGUCAGUUGAGUAAAUGUAACUUUUUUGCUGAUAAAUAUUUCUAUUAUUUAUAAAGUAGCUUUCCUUUCUGAUGAUGAACAAGAUUUCCUUAAUGAUGGUCAUUUCAUUUGUUUAGAACUUUCAGACUAUCAGAAGAUCUUUUUGCUUUUAAUGUAAUAAUUUAUCAAGAGAAUGUGUGUUUAGACUUCUGCACGAGUUCCAAGGUUUUUAUCAGUAAUACUGGACCACAACUAUCGGAGUCACCAAAAUAUUGUUUAAGAUUUUCCAGACUAUUGUGAGAGCUACCACACAAGUCCUACAAGAGUUUACCGAUAGCUAUUAGACUUUUCUGACUUGUUAGAAUUUAUCAUCAUAAGAGUUUCCAGAAUUUUCAUUCCAUUACUGUUGUUGGAGUUUCUUUACUACUCAUUGGAGUUUCUAGGCUGUCGGUAGAUUCUUCAGACUAAUAAUUAGUUUUACAGCGAGCUAUUUGAGUUUCAAAACUGAUGAUAGAUAUUCCAAACUAAAGUUGGGAGUGUCCAAAAUGUAAGUUAAUGGACUAAUAUGGCUUACAAAUGUAUAGGCCACUAUGAAAGUUUAAAUAUAGACAUUAUUCAUUUUACAACAAUUAUGAAAAAGUUAUUUCAACUUAUAUGAAUCACUCUUGUUAGCCCGGAUGUUAGCUCACUGAGGGUCUUGAUGUGGGAAGAAACCGACCGAGGAACAUGGAGAAAACCAACGCGGUCUGGCAGGUGACCUCAUACCUUUUCACGUCCAAUCAGGGAAUCAAACCAAGCCGACUUGGUGAAAGGUGACAGUGCUAUCCACUCCACCACCUGACCUACCAACUACUAUCAAAGUUACAGAAUAAUUUUGAAGUUGACAAACUACUGUUGGAGUUUCUUGACUAUUUUCACUUUCACAUUAUUAUAAGUUUUCUGUUUGAGUUUCAGUGUGCUACUUUUACAGUUUCAAUAUUAAUAAAAUUUAUCGAAUUACAUUUCAAUAUGGUGACGACGCUUGGAUCACUUAUUUAGUAUUUGUUAUUUUCUUUUAUCAGAUAUUCAUGUAUGAUACAUGGUUUAUUAGUGAUAUGUUAUACAAGCCAUAGACACAUCACCUUGGACACAUUUGUACAUGUUUGUUUGUACAUGCAAAACUGCAGACAUUUUUUUUGUGCUUUGUUGCAUUGUACAGGUAUUCAUAUACAAUCAAUACACAAGGUAAGAUAAGUUGAUUUCAUCUGUGUAAAAUUUUAUCUGUGAAUGUUCUAUAUACAGCUGUCACCUGUAAAGAUAGCCAUACAUUAAAAAAAGUCAAUAACUGUAUAAGAUCUGUUGACUCUAGAUUGUGAAAAACAUACAGUUCUUGAUUAUCUUAUUAUUUAUAGCUGACAAAACCUAAAUCAAUUAAGAUGCAAAUAUUGUUCACCGAGUACUUUGUUCACAGUCAAUGAAAAGAUACCAGUACUUCUCGAAAUGUAUUAUUAUCAGUAAAAUGUUUUGCUACAAUGUGGAAACGAUUCUCUUUUUUGGACUGGUUGUGGACGCUGUAUAGUUGAUAAUUAUCGUCUUCAGUACUUGCUCCCUUAUCUGUUGCAUACAAAACAAUUAAAAUCAUUGACUAUAAGGAAUCAUAGGUUUCAGCAAAGGGAUACAUGGUGUUUUUAUUAUAUGGAUGGGCUGUUUAUUUGCCUCUCUGAAAUAGCAACCUUUGUGAAUAGGAGAUUGGCUCAUUGUUGUGCAUUCACGAAUUUUGGAAAUUAAAUCUGCUUACAUAAAAGUUAACCUGUCGGCUAUUUGUUUUGGAAAUGCUUUCACUCUUAAAGGAAAUUCAUAUACCCUUUUAACAUCAAUUAGAAUUUUGUUUAGUUUCCAAAACUCAGUUUAUAAAACAGUUUUCAAGUUUACAGAACCGUUGUCAUAUUUAAGGACCAUGCACUUGCACAUUUGUCAAAAGCUGUGUGUGAAAGCUGUCGGUAAAAGUUUCAAGCUUUGUUAGAAUGAGAAAAAUUACUGACCCCAAUUAUCAUAUAGUUCAAAAUGAGAAAAAUUACUGACCCCAAUUAUCAUAUAGUUCAAGGAAACACAUUUAACAGAUGCUUCUAGAUACUACGUAGACUAAAACAUAGCUUCCGCCUGCUUAUAACUCGUACUGCCUAUCAAACAGUUGUCUGUACGGUCAAACCGUUGUCUGUACGGUCAAACAUUGUUCUUUUUUGUCACUGUUGCUGUCAAAUUGAUGUUGGGAAAUCACACAAUAUUUGUUAUUUUUUGCAAACUAAUACGUUCUGAAAAUUAUAUGUAAUACCUGGUAUGUACAACUUUAUCAAAUAUCGAAAUUGUCUAAUCUGA